CUCUAAAGCCGCCAUGUCGGACGCCGUCCAGCUGUCGUCGCAGUCGCAGGUCCACGUGGCCCAGCUGUACGAGGAGAACACCAACAAGCGUCCGGUCCUGACCUCGCAGCCCAACGGCCUGGCGCCCAUCAGCUCCACCCGGCCGGGCCUGCCGCUGCCCGACCGGCAGACCUCGGCGUCGGACCCGGCCCACCACUGCCGCCAGAGCAGCGCCGCCUCCAACAAGUCGACGGACGGCAAGCCAAAGCCCAACCCGCUGUCCCCGGAGCAGGCCAUGAAGCAGUUCAUGUCCAAGAUGUCCUCGUUCGAGCACCACGAGGUGUUCAGCUACCCCGAAGUGUAUUUCACCGGCCCCAGUGCGAAGAAGCGGUCGGGGGUUAUGGGCGGAGCCAACAACGGCGGCUACGACGACGACCAGGGCUCCUACAUCCACGUCCCACACGACCACAUCGCCUACCGCUACGAAGUCCUCAAGGUCAUCGGCAAAGGCAGCUUCGGACAGGUGGUGAAAGCCUUCGACCACAAGUCUCAGGCCCACGUGGCUCUGAAGAUGGUCCGCAACGAGAAGCGCUUCCACCGGCAGGCGGCCGAGGAGAUCCGGAUCCUGGAGCACCUGAGGAAGCAGGACAAGGACUCGAGCAUGAACGUCAUCCACAUGCUGGAGAACUUCACCUUCCGGAACCACAUCUGCAUGACCUUCGAGCUGCUCAGCAUGAACCUGUACGAGCUCAUCAAGAAGAACAAGUUCCAGGGCUUCAGCCUCCCGCUGGUCAGGAAGUUCGCCCACUCCAUCCUGCAGUGUCUGGACUCGCUGCACAAGAACCGCAUCAUCCACUGCGACCUGAAGCCCGAGAACAUCCUCCUGAAGCAGCAGGGACGCAGCGGCAUCAAGGUCAUAGACUUUGGUUCCAGCUGCUACGAACACCAGAGAGUUUACACCUACAUCCAGUCCAGGUUCUACCGAGCACCAGAGGUCAUUCUAGGCUCCAGGUACGGGAUGCCCAUCGACAUGUGGUCUCUGGGCUGCAUCCUGGCCGAGCUGCUGACCGGCUACCCGCUGCUGCCGGGCGAGGACGAAGCCGACCAGCUGGCCUGCAUCAUCGAGCUGCUGGGCAUGCCCGGCCAGAAGCUCCUGGACGCCUCCAAGCGAGCCAAGAACUUUGUGUCGUCCAAAGGCUACCCGCGGUACUGCACCGUGACCACGCUGCCCGACGGCACCACGGUGCUGAACGGCGGGCGCUCGCGGCGGGGGAAGGUACGGGGCCCGCCGGGCAGCAAGGACUGGAGCGCGGCGCUGAAGGGCUGCGACGACCCGCUCUUUCUGGACUUCCUCAAGCAGUGUCUGGAGUGGGACCCGGCGCUCAGGAUGACGCCCAGCCAGGCGCUGCGGCACCAGUGGCUGAGGAGGCGGCUCCCGAAGCCGCCGACGGGAACCACCGUGGGGGAGAAGACCUCCUCGUCCAAACGGGGCACCACCACCACCGACGGCGCCUUCACCUCCAUCUCCAAGCUCGCCACCACCUCCUCCACCACCACGUCCUCAUCCUCCAAAACCAGGACUAACUUGGCGGCGAUCACCGACGCCAACGGAAACAUCCAGCCCAGGACGGUUCUGCCCAAACUGGUCAGCUGAGAGUGAAUGCACCCCGCUCGCUGUGGUGGGAAAUGAAAGCUGUGCUCGUGAGCGGCCAGCUGGAACUGAAUUAAACUGGACUGUCCAGUUGUGAAGAGCGUUUGGUUUUGUUCAGCGUUGUCGGGGUGCGUUCAAGACAAGUACAGUCGUGGAAACUUGGCGUUGUGGUGUUAAAAUGUGCAGAGUGGCCAGGCUGGGAUGUGAGCUGGGCUGAAGGAAACCUGGUGAAACUGGGGUGCGUUCAGACGCCUCGAAUUCUCAGUCCUGUCUAAAAAAAAACAAACAAAAAAAGACACGAGUUGUUCUACAUUUUGAGCGGCAAGACAGGAAGCGACCACACGUCUGAGAUGACGUGGAGCUGCUCAGACAAUCAGAACACACCACACCACUCUGUAGCUCCAAACCCACAAACACAUCACAAAACAUGGUGCUCAUGGAGGGAACAAGGCUUUUUAAAAUGUUUUUUAGCACAGAAUCUUUUUAGCUGAGUUGAUUACACACCAAAAACAACAUUUUAUGACUUCAGUCUUACGAGGAUAUAUGUCCCGAGGGCUUUACAGAGAAGGUUUACGAAGGUGGAUCCAAAGGUUCUGACGCUUUGCCUGUACGAACUUGAAUUUGAAUUUGGCAACCGUCCCCUUCAAAGUAUUGUGCAGCGACACUGUGCUCCCAGUGCUCCUGCAACACUCGUAACAGUCCCUGGAAGUCCCUCUAUGUGAACAUAUCAAGCACUGCAGUGGGAACCGAAUUUCCUGAACUGUGUCAAAGUGGCGACCCCUCAGCUCGAGUUCAUUUUGGGAUAAGAGGAGGAAGUCAUGCGUAACACAGGGUUGCUUCACGAAUGCUGCUAACUGUUAGCAAUGAAUACGCUAGCGAAUAGCAGCGUUAGCAGCAAAGAUGACCCUAGAAAAAGUGCAUCGUGGCUGGUUGUUCAAUAUUUUCCUGCUACAUACCCUCGAAAACAGCGUAACAGCCCAAUUAGCAGCGUUAUAACAGGCCGCUACGCUGUUAUGACGCUAGCAAGAACCCUGGUCACAUGACAUCCUGACGUGUUUCACGACCACGACGCUCCACAAAC